ACUCUCAGUAAUCUCUCUUUUCCUCUCUAUUCCGAUGCUUAUUUAAAAGAAAUUUGUUUUUUCCGUUGCCGCAUGUGUUACGUGGCAUCCGAAGAGCAAACAUAAUUGGCGUACGAUUGAAUUUUGGUGCACAAAGCGAUCAAAAUGUAUCCCAUUGGAGCAGCUGGUGCUGCUGAGCAGUGUCCGGGACAUCAGUCUUCAGGGUCAGAUGUUUCUGAUCCAGUGUCUCCUCCAGCACAAGAAUAUGUCUUCAAACCUCCUCAACGGCCAGACUUUGGCACAAUGGGAAGGACAAUCAAGCUUCAGGCCAACUUCUUUGAAAUGGAAAUACCCAAGUUGGAGGUGUACCAUUAUGACAUAGACAUCAAGCCUGAGAAAUGCCCACGGAGAGUUAACCGCGAAAUUGUUGAGCACAUGGUCCAGCACUUUAAAACGCAGAUCUUUGGAGAUCGAAAGCCUGUAUAUGAUGGGAGGAAGAAUCUCUACACUGCCAUGCCUUUACCCAUUGGAAGGGACAAAGUGGAGCUGGAGGUCACAAUUCCAGGGGAGGGAAAGGACAGGAGCUUUAAAGUAGCUAUAAAGUGGAUGUCCUGUGUGAAUCUGCAAGCUCUACAUGAAGCACUGACAGGACGACUACCAAACAUCCCCUUUGAGACCAUUCAGGCUCUGGACGUUGUAAUGAGACAUUUGCCCUCUAUGAGGUACACCCCAGUUGGACGUUCCUUCUUCACUCCCUCUGAAGGCUGCUCUAACCCCCUCGGUGGAGGUAGAGAAGUCUGGUUUGGCUUUCACCAGUCUGUUCGACCGUCCCUCUGGAAAAUGAUGCUCAACAUUGAUGUGUCUGCCACUGCAUUCUACAAAGCUCAACCUGUGAUUGAGUUCAUGUGUGAGGUUUUGGAUUUUAAAAGCAUCGAAGAACAACAGAAGCCCUUAACAGACUCUCAGAGAGUGAAGUUUACAAAAGAGAUCAAAGGUUUGAAGGUGGAGAUCACUCACUGUGGACAGAUGAAGAGGAAAUACAGGGUGUGUAAUGUGACUAGGAGACCAGCCAGCCAUCAAACGUUUCCCUUGCAGCAAGAGAAUGGUCAGACCAUUGAAUGCACUGUUGCACAGUACUUCAAGGAUAAGUACAAACUGGUGCUGAGAUAUCCACAUCUCCCAUGUUUACAAGUUGGUCAGGAGCAGAAACACACUUACCUUCCCCUGGAGGUCUGUAACAUAGUAGCUGGGCAGAGAUGCAUCAAAAAACUGACAGACAAUCAGACCUCCACUAUGAUACGUGCCACAGCCAGGUCUGCACCUGAUCGUCAAGAUGAGAUCAGCAAACUGAUGAGAAGUGCCAACUUCAACAAUGAUCCUUAUGUGCGCGAGUUUGGAGUCAUGGUGAGAGACGAGAUGACUGAGGUCAAUGGUCGGGUCCUUCAGGCACCUUCAAUUCUCUAUGGAGGAAGGAACAAAGCAAUUGCAACCCCAGUUCAGGGUGUGUGGGACAUGAGGAACAAGCAGUUCCACACAGGCAUUGAGAUCAAAGUGUGGGCUAUUGCCUGCUUUGCCCCGCAGAGGCAGUGCACGGAACUCCUUUUGAAAGCAUUCACUGACCAGCUCCGAAAGAUCUCACGUGAUGCUGGGAUGCCCAUUCAGGGCCAGCCAUGCUUUUGCAAAUAUGCCCAGGGAGCAGACAGUGUGGAGCCCAUGUUCAAACACCUCAAGUACACAUACCAAGGCUUACAGUUGGUGGUGGUCAUCCUACCUGGGAAGACCCCCGUUUACGCUGAGGUAAAGCGUGUUGGAGACACUGUUCUUGGCAUGGCCACACAGUGUGUCCAGGUAAAGAAUGUACAGAAGACCACACCUCAGACCCUUUCCAACCUCUGCCUCAAGAUUAAUGUCAAACUGGGUGGAGUCAACAAUAUUCUUCUUCCACAGGGCAGGCCCUUAGUGUUUCAGCAGCCAGUCAUAUUUCUGGGUGCAGAUGUGACUCACCCCCCAGCUGGAGAUGGCAAGAAACCCUCUAUUGCUGCUGUGGUUGGCAGCAUGGAUGCCCACCCAAGCCGGUACUGUGCCACGGUGCGGGUGCAGCAGCACCGUCAGGACAUCAUUCAGGAUCUGGCCACCAUGGUGAGAGAGCUGCUUAUCCAGUUCUACAAAUCCACACGCUUCAAACCUACACGCAUUAUUUAUUAUAGAGACGGCAUUUCGGAGGGUCAGUUCAACCAGGUUCUGCAGCAUGAGCUGCUGGCUAUCCGUGAGGCCUGUAUCAAGCUGGAGAAAGAUUACCAGCCAGGCAUCACCUUUGUUGUAGUCCAAAAGAGACAUCACACCAGGCUCUUUUGCAUGGACAGGAAUGAAAGGGUUGGAAAGAGUGGCAACAUUCCUGCUGGCACCACAGUUGACACCAAAAUUACCCAUCCAUCUGAGUUUGACUUCUAUCUUUGUAGUCAUGCCGGAAUUCAGGGAACCAGCAGGCCCUCCCACUAUCACGUGUUGUGGGAUGACAACCAUUUCACCUCUGAUGAGCUGCAGGUCCUCACCUACCAGCUGUGCCACACCUAUGUGCGCUGCACCCGCUCUGUCUCCAUUCCUGCGCCAGCAUAUUACGCCCACCUGGUGGCAUUCCGUGCACGCUACCAUUUGGUUGACAAAGAACACGACAGUGCUGAGGGAAGCCACACAUCUGGUCAGAGUAAUGGCAGAGAUCAACAGGCCCUGGCCAAAGCUGUGCAGAUACACCAGGAUACACUGUGUACCAUGUACUUCGCCUGAACAGAACCAGUAAUAAGCCCCUCGUCCUCAAAACAGCACGUGUGUGUGUGUGUGUGUGUGUGUGUAUUUUUGUGUGUGCCUCAUUUGUAAGUGUACUUUCAAAUGAAAAACUAAAAGACUCCAGAAACUCCACGUUGUUAUUUCCAAAUGAUCAUAUAGUAAAUACUAAAUAUCCUGUCAUGAGUUUUAGAACUGUAAGAUGUGAAUCCAUUAAUUUAUGUUUUUUUUUUUUUUUAAUUGCUUGGUUUGGUGGGUGUGGUUGUGUAUCUCUGUUGUGCGUGUCAAAUUAGAGGUUACCAUGUUUACAUAGUCCAAAAAUGUAAACUAUUUUUUACACUGAAAGUUACAUUUGCAUCGGGGUGGGGGGGUCAAUAUUGUUGCCAAUGUGGAGACUGUUGUAGUUUUUACAAACUUAUCAAACCAGUGGGCUAAGGUUGGUUUAGGAAAAGACGGAUCAGGUUUAGGGGUUGUGGGAAGGCAGUUCCAAUUAUUUAUCAGCAAAGCAAGUGCACUGACCAGAAGGUGACUUCAGGACAAAAGUACUUAUUCUGUUUUGUUUCAUUUAUUUGUGCUAAUAUUAAUUCUUAUCUUGGUGUCAUAUGUUGUUCAGUCCAGGUCUCAGUCAACCUACUGUACAUGUCCUUCAAUAACUAAUCAAGCAUUGUCCUAUGAUUGCACUGGACAUUUUUGACAUUUAAAAUAAGUACAGAAUCAAGAACACUUAGCUAUUGGAUGUGAGAAUGUAGAAAUUGUUCUGACAAUCAGUUUUCGGGCUCUCUGCCACUCAAAUGAGACUGGUUCUCAUCAGUGGCAGUCUCCGUAUACCUGAGCCAGGAUUCUCUGCGUGGAAACAGCUCUUUAAAAUACACAGUUGUUUGAUCAAGUAUUGUCCUUUUUAAAAUACUAAUAUCUUUUGGACUAAGCAUUUAGAUGAUCUUGUUAGUACUUUAAUUUUCCUGCCAUGAGCAUUUCUCUCUUAUCCACCUUGAUUGUAACAACCUAUGGUUUCAGUGGGUGGGUAGAUGAUUACAAUUUAUUUUCCUUUCACAACUCCUUUCAGGAAAUCUGAUCACAUUUCACUUUAUUCAAGGUUAAUUAAACCUGUUUUGAGGUUUAAUUUCACAAGUUGUCAAAGAUAUUACCCACCUUGAAACAUAAGGUCAGUUUUGUGCUGAAUUUUAGAGGAUCUGCGGCUCUGUGUAAAGUUUUCUGGUGUUGGGGUUUAAACACUACAUUUCAGUUACUCAAGUCACCACACUCCAGCUGACCACACCGGCAAUCAAGAUGUUGAGGGAAUGGAGGUUGAUGGGAAAGUGUUUAAGAAUAAAACUGAAAUCAAUCACAUUGUUCACAGAGACACAACGAGUUUGGAGUGGACAAUUCCAUACAAAUUUCAAAUGCACCUUAGUUUUUUUUUUUACCCAGAACUAACUCUAUAGCCUACUUGGAGGUUACUUGGUCAUUACUUGGAGGUUUUCAUAAUGAGGAUAUUACAAAAACAAAAAUCCUUUUUUAAGAACCCAAGGUUGUUUUUAUAGACCAUAAGUAUUGUGUCAAUUUCUUUUAUAGACCUUAGGGAGUUUUGUGACCGGGUUGGGCCAUUAGGCAAGUGGUGGUUAUCUUAACCUAUAAACGUUUGCUAUAGAGAAAAUCAAUCCAAACUUAGUUCAAAUUGAAGCGCAAUACAUUGUAUAUUUCUUGGUGUACUGUUUUAUUGUAAACAGUUUGAGUCAAGUUUUAUUGCCUUCUAAAGCAUAUCAUGUGUAAUGUGUAUCUAUUGAGUCUUGUAAGUUAAUGAACUGUAAACUCACUUCCCCGUAUAAUGCUUCAAUUUUAACUUGAAAUUUUUGGGAAUUUUUAACCAUCUUUUUCUAACUAUGCAUUCUUAACCAUGAGAUUUUAGUGGUAUAUUUGUGUAUAUGAAUUAUGAAUUUAGAACAUUUGUAAUGUAGUCGUUUUAAUGCUGGGUACUUUUUAGUAGUGUAAAUAGUUCAAGCCCUGUACCCAAUGUAGCAGUAUUAGCAGAACAAAAUACUCUAUUUUUAUUAUCAACAAUUGGAUGUUCUUUAUAUGGCUCUGAAUUAUUCCUAUUAGCCAAACAAGAUUACAUAUGUACUUUUAGUUAAUGUCCUACCGUUACUGAAGCACAAUGGGACUUAAUUGUAGGUGCUAGAGUUUAUUCUUGAGAAAAUCAUUUGUUAUUAAAAUCUUGUUUAGCCUCAUCUUUUAAACAAAAAUCAUAGACUAGUAAGAGAGGUUCAUUGAUAUGUUUGGUUUUAGACAUUUUGACCCUGAAACUUACCUGUCCAUUUGAAUAUCAUUUUUUUUUUUAGCCAAAUCUUAACCCAUCAAACUGUGUAUAAGGGGCAUUUUAGCUUAUCUACACAUACUUGACUAUGUUAUGUUAUUAUUUGGUGCUGUUCUUGCAACUUGUGAAAGUAGAUGCACUUUGAAGAGCAAUGGACACAAGACCCUUAGAUCUGGUAGUUCUGACAUAGAAAUCUACAUGUGGAACAUGAGUAUGUUUUCUUGGUGCACUUGUGUCGAAAUGACCAGAUGUCCUACCUCUUGUUACCCGUUACUUGUAAUAAGGUAACAUACCGCACUGGUCAUUCCUUCAUAAUUGCACUGGGGAAAGUCAUACUUUUUGUCCCUCUGAAAGUUUCCUAAAUUUGGUGUUAGAUAUCACAAAUAAUCUUGAACACAUGCUCUAAUAUGGCAUGUUUUUUUCUUUCUCAUCACUUUAGAGGCCAUACCUGCUGUCAUUUAGCCUAAUGAUUUACCAUUCCCCAUUGUUUUUUGGAUGGUGUUUCAUGAGAUCGUUCACCCAAAAAUGUAACUUCUCAUCAUUUACUCACCGUCAUGACAUCCCAGAUGUAAAUGGCUUUCUUCUGCUGAACACAAAUGAAGAUUGUAGAAGAAUAUUUCUGCUCUGUAGAUCCAUACAAUGCAAGUAAACUGGCAAAAACUUGAUGGUCCAAAAAGCACAUAAGGGUAGCAUAAAGUAAUCCAUAUGACUCCAGUGGUUUAAUGUCUGCCAACUAAAGUGAUAUGAUGGGUGUGGGUGAGAAACAUUUAAAUAUUUUUACUUUAGAGUCUUUAGAGUGAUAUGUACAAAGAUUUUGAAUUGCCAAAAACAAAAGUAGAAGAAUGUGAAAGUGCAGAUCGAUAGUAAACAAAAUGACUUGCAUAUUGAUCUGUUUCUCACCAAUACUUAUAUAGCUUCUGAAGAUAUGGACUUAACCGCUGGAGUCUUAUGGAUUACAUUUAUGCUGCCGUUGUGUGCUUUUGGAACUUCAAAGUUCUGGCCACAAUUCACUUGCAUUGUGAGGACCUACAGAGCUGAAAUAUUCUUCUAAAAAUCUUCAUUUGUGUUCAGCAAAAGUCAUCAUCUGGGAUGGCAUGAGGGUAAGUAAAUUAUGAGAAUUUUCAUUUUUGGAUGAACUAAUGUAUUCAAAUCUAAUAUUGAGUGCUGCAAGUAUCAGAUGAAAGUCAGACAUGAAUAAAAAACAAAUAUAUAUAUUAUAUGCUUUCAGUGAACAAGUGGCUUAGUGCUUUCAAUGUGCACGUUAUGCUAUAAAAUGUUUAUAUGUAUAGUGUGAAUUCCACUUAUUACGUUCUGUCCCUUUAAAUUGCAGUUCAUCGUUGCCUAAUCCAUGUAUUCAUUUGAAUGUGUGUGUGUCACCUAGAUUUCUUGUUUUUCUUUUAACUAGGUUUGAGUUAGUAUUUAUCAUUUAGCAUCAGGAGUCACGUUAGAUUAAAUAAUUGCUUAAACUACUACUUUGAUAUGUUUUGGAACAAUCUGAUUUUCCUUUUAUUAGAAAACAUUAUUUUCGUCCACGUGAACUGCUUAUAUUACUGAGUUCUUAGUAUUUUAACCUUUUAAAAUCAGCACCUUAGUCAAAGGUCUACAACAUAUGCAAUUUUUCAAGAAUGAAACAUGAGAUGUUUUUGCACUAUAUCAGAAGUGUUCCUAAUUUGCAUACAGAUUGUAAUGUUGGACAGAAGUGCAGGCUGCUCAGCACCAAUAAUAUACUAGACUGCAGUUGUGUUUUGGCCUUGUUUAUUUGUUCAUAUACAGAUGCAUUGGCAUUACUCUUAUUACAAGUGUAUGACAGACAUAGGAAGGUCCUGAGUUCUUACACCAUGCAAAAACCAAUUUCCAUUUUAGAGCCGUCUGUAUGUAUUCUUGUACUUUUUAAACAUCGAAACUGUCCGAUUGUGGCUGUAAAGUAUAUGCCGUAUGCAUACCAAAAAAUGUAAGAAUAAGGGACUUGGGAUUAAUUUUCUCUUAUAUUUUUUUUUAACGUCCCAUUUUUAAUUUACGAUUUUACAGCCUCCAUAUACAAGACUAUUCACGUUUUUUAAAUUAGUUUUAACUAGGAAACUGAUGUUAAGGUGAAUUCAAUAAAAAAAAAAAAAAAUCUUCAAAUAUCUUUGCAUUCAGAUGAAAGGAAGGCUGAGGAACAGAAUAUGGUGCAGAUUUUAUAGAGACAUACCAAUCUUUGCAGCAGCAUCUCAAUUUCAAAUCUGUAGAGGCACAUACAGUGUUAACUGAAAUUUGAAUUGGUGUCUCAUUUCCCUGGAAGCUGAGAAUGAUUUAUAUCUCAAUGCAAUGCUUUAACAUUAUGUUGACUUUUGUGGAUGUGUCUCGCAUUAUCAAUUAUAGAGUUUUUACUUUUGCUGCUUGAGUGAAGCUUGUAUAUUGCUUGGCUUAGUAUCUUUUUAGCUCUGUGUUGGGAUAUCUUUGCUUUAAACGGCAUAGUUGGAAUAGCUAUGGCUGAAGACAACACAGAUUAUUAAGCCUUGACUGUUGGACUUGUUAAAAAAAUGGUGCCCCACUGUUUGGGUACAUUUUUCAUGUUAGAAAGAUGCCAGUCUCACCAAGAGAAAUGUGCUUCCCCCAUGUUCAGUAAGAGGUGUCCUAUUAACUUUAAGAUAUAUAUUGCUAAUGUAUAUACAUUAGAACCUUGCACUAUAGUGUUAGUCUGAAGCAGAAAUGCCUUUCUGCAUAGCAGUAGUUUUGUUACUGUCCUCUUUGCUUUUCCACCUCUUAAGGUGGCAAGUCUAGAAAUAUGCUACUUUUAUGACCUGUUAAGACCACAAGGAUACAAACGAACAGUUUGAAUGUACUUCAUAUGCAUGCGUUUUGUAAUAUUUGUCAGAAUAGCCACAGACUGUAAUUAUUUGCAUUCAUGCAUCCAAAUUUAAAGCAGCAUUGUGUCAUUAGGCGUUUAUGAUUGGAGAGAAUCAUAUGUCAUAAUUCAUGGCUGUAAAGUACUAGAUUAACACAUGUUGGCUUAAACAUUAGGUCAACUGAUUUAGAAUACACACUGGCACAAAUAUCUGUGCAUCGCUGACGUUUGUGGUGCUGAACUGUAAAGUGUACAUAAGGCACUGUUGUGGUGUUUUGUGUGUUUACCAUGUACUGCUUUUAUGUUUGCCAAAAAUUCUGAACUGAAAUUUCACCUAAAUGCUCAUGGUCAUAAUUCAACCCAAUAAGACAGAUUCUGAUGAGUGUUUUUAAUCCCUUUUGCAUUGCCAGUAAACUCUGUGGUGGUGCCAUAAUCAUGUUAGUGGUACUUGCCUAGCCCCAGUUCAUUGUGCACAAACUAAACACCCUACUCCGUUCAUUAGAGCCAUGAUGGCAUACAAGUGUUUCAUAACACUUUCUUUCGGCUUUUUUCCCCCCUACUGUGAGUUCCUUAGCUCAUUGAAAUCUAGUCUAAAAUAACCAAAACUUUAGUUGGCGUUACAUGCUAAUGCCUUUUUAUUUAUUAAAAUAUGAGCAUUCAUGUAAGUUUGAAAUGGGGACUUUUAUACUGAUUUAUUAGAAUAAUUGAGUGUCAUCACGAACUGGCUUUUUAAACAAACUUUUAAAACUACCUCAGAAUGGUGUCCGGUGCUAAUGUAAAAUAUCCCUUAUACAGUGCACACAUAUGUGCUCAAGACAAAGAACAAUAAUUGUGACCAAACAACACAAGCCUAUACUGUGUAUAAAGUGAUUAGUUUUGUUUCACUUUUUUUUUUUAAGCCUUUUUUGUGGUGGAUCAACAUGAGGGAUGUUUCAGCAUGUAAUUCAAUUGCAGGGGACCAACAUAUGAUCUGAAAAAUGUCUCUUUUUAAAAUGUAAUGAUGAAAGCAUACUCAUCAGCUUGUAGAGAACUGUAAACUGCAGUUUGUCACAAACAAAACUUCUAGAUACUUUCUGGCAAUUUUCAUAGUUCAUCUGGUUCGAUCUACAGAGAACAAUAGCAAGGAGUUGGAUUUAAACAAGUCUUCUCAGUUUUUGGUCAGGAUGGACUUCAAUUUAGGCCAAGAUUAUUACCAAAUGAAAGCAUAGUGGAUGAGUUGGUGUGGUAUCUUGAGACUGCAUCCUUUUUCUAGAUCUGGAGUAAAUCUGAUCUGGAAUGUGUCCAUCGCUAACAUUGUGCCAUAUUAUAGACAAGAAAUGUCCAAUGACCACUGCUCUGUGUUUAAUAUAUGUUUGGAAAACUGACAACAUUUUCCGAGGAAGCAGCUCAUCAACCUGUGUCAAAUGGCAAUCUAAACAUUGAGUUUUAAUGUCUUUAGAGCACUAGCGUUAUACUUUAUUCUUCUACUUGAUUUACAUCCAGUAUUGCAAUAGUUUUGAGAUGUUUCGCACUCAUUAGAUCUGAUCUGUUUGAUUAAAGUUCCACAAGGGUAGUGUCAGAUCUCCGAUAAGCUAUAUGUAUUUAAGCAUUUUCAUUAUAAGAUUUUGGAGUGCUAUUCAUUGCAGUUGAUGUGUAUUUACCUUGCUAUGUUUUAUGAAGGGAAUUUUGUGUUUUCAUGUAUCUCAAUCUCCGAUUGAGGAUGUUACAAAGCAUUCUAAUACACUGGCAUUUGAGUUUCUUGAGAGAAUUUGAAAUAUAUUAAGGUACAAAAGAUUUUUGUUUUCAAUGGCAAACUUAAAAAUGUCCAGCAUCUUGUUGUAAUUGGGCAAACAGAUUAAGACCAUUUAAGACGAGGUAUUUUCUGCUACAAUAGGAAUUCUAAGAAACCAUUUGGCUUGUUGGUAUUUUCAAAAAUAAAGUGUAUAGAUGUUAAGUACCUCAUAAGCCUGAUAAAUGCUGCAUAAACUUCAUUUAUUGUUCUUUUGUGAACCUCAUUUUUCAGAAAUUGGUUUGAUGUCCACAUAAAGCUGUGCAAGAGCCUACAGAAUUAUUUGUGGUUGACCACGGCCACUUUUUAAACCUUUUUUUUGUUUUUGUACCACUUUUGCUUGUUGGGUAAAAAGGGUAUUAAUGGUGCACAGAAAAUGCAAUUCUGACAUUAGACUUAAUGGGUUAAUUCAACCAAAACAUUUACAUUCUCAUAAUUUACUCGCCCUCAUGCCAUCCCAGAAGUGUAUGACUUUUUCUUUGCAGAACAGAAACAAAGAUUUUUUUUUUUUAAAUAUCUCUGUAGGUCCAUGUAAUGCAAGUGAAUGGUGACCAGAACUCCAAAUACUCCAAAAAAGGAGAUUAAGCCAGCAUAAAAGUAAUCCAUAUGACACCAGUGGUUUAAUCAAUGACUUCUGAAAUGAUCCUGUUGGUUUUGGGUGAGGUCAGACAAAUAAAAUCCCUACAGAGCCGAGAUAUUCUUCUAAAAAUCUUCGUUGGUGUUCUGCAGAAGAAAGUCAUACACAUCUGGAAUGGCAUGAGGUUGAGUAAAUGAUGAGCGAAUUUUCAGUUUAAAAGCAUGAUACAGUAUUUUGUAUGUUUUCUGAGCAUCAAGCUUUCGCAUUGGCCAGUUGAUCACAGCUAUUGGAUAUGUAGUGACGUCUUGCAGUCAAAAGUUACAGUUGACUCAGGUAUUUCCAUUAAGGGCUGUAUCUGCUAUUGCCUCUCUUCCCAAAUUCCCUCACCUGUGUCUUAAUGUAGCCUUAGACCUGCAGAUAUGGAUGGAACAUUAUGGAGAAUAUCUGGCCUUAAAAUAUGCACUAUUAACCAGAACAUUCACAUCACCACAUCAGGCCAUAUGUUUUUGCCAUAAAACUACCUCCUAAGAAUGUAAGGGUGUCCUGGAGCUACCAGAUGGUUUAUUUUUCUUUAGUUUUACUUUCCAAAUAGUAACAUGUAAAUUGACAAUCAUCAUGCAUCUUUAUUCCAUGCCAUAGUUUAUAACAUACUAAUUUUUCACACAAAAAAAAAUAUGUUUAUACAUUAUUAGUGUAAAGCAAUCUAUAAGGACGUGAAUGAAAAACGGAUGCAAUUCUGGGACACUCCAGUUGAUUCUGUAUGGUAUGAUUUGUUUUACCUCUAUGUAAAUUAUUUGUAUUUUUUUGGAAGACCAUGUCUUGGAGCCUAUUGACCAAUGUUUCUAAGACUUGCACUGCUAUGUGGACUCAAACCUCCCUCAAACAUCAGCAAUUUAUCUUUCAUUUAACCUUGUGUUUGCUCCUAUCUAUAACAUGCCAAAUUAAAUUCUGUCAUUCCUGUCAUGGUGAAGUCUUUUAUUUCUCGUUCACUUGUUCGCAUUCACUGCUAAGCUCCUUGUCUUUUGUUUCUUGUUAAUGUAAAGUGUGAGCUUUUUUUUUUUUUUCUCUCCAAGUUUAUGAAUACAAACCAAGGUAUGCUGUAAACCCUGCUAAGACAUAAUGUGAAAACGUAUCAUUUAAAAUAGCUCACUUUUGCUUGACUGUGUAUUGCAUCAUUUAAUAAACUUAAUUU